GGGCGUCAAGAUGGCGGCGGGGAGGUAGGCAGAGCCGGACGCCGCUGCUGCCGCCGCCACCGCCGCCUCCGCUCCUGUCGCUUCUGGUUCUUCAAGCUCUCGACUCCCAGGAGAAGCUGUACUGGCAUCGCAUCCCGCGGGGAAAAUGGUGGAGCCAGGGCAAGACCUACUGCUUGCUGCUUUGAGUGAGAGCGGAAUCAGCCCGAAUGACCUCUUCGAGAUCGAUGGUGGGGACGCAGGGCUGGCCGCUCCCACGCCUGCCCCCUCCGCUCACCAGUCAAUGCCACUUAGUACGUUAGAACUGGGUUUGGAGACCGAAGCAGCAGCUCCUGUUAAACAAGAACCGGAGACAGUGCCUACGCCAGCGCUAUUAAAUGUUAGGCAGCAGCCUCCAUCUACGACAACAUUUGUGCUGAAUCAAAUAAAUCAGCUUCCGACCUUGGGAUCUACCAUUGUAAUGACUAAAACACCACCUGUAACAACGAAUAGGCAAACCAUCACUUUAACAAAGUUUAUCCAGACCACUGCAAACACACGCCCUUCAGCCUCAGCACCAGCAGUACGAAAUGCCAUGACCGCCGCACCUCCGAAAGACCAGGUUCAACUGAAGGACCUCCUAAAAAAUAAUAGUCUGAAUGAACUCAUGAAACUGAAGCCACCAGCUAAUAUUGCUCAGCCAGUUGCAACAGCAGCUACUGAUGUAAGCAAUGGUACAAUAAAGAAAGAGUCUUCUAAUAAAGAAGUAGCAAGAAUAUGGAUAAAUGACAUGAAAAUGCGGAGUUUUUCCCCGACCAUGAAGGUUCCUGUUGUAAAGGAGGAAGAUGAGCCAGAGGAAGAAGAUGAAGAAGAGAUGGGCCAUGCAGAAACCUAUGCUGAGUACAUGCCGAUUAAAUUAAAAAUUGGCCUACGUCACCCAGACGCUGUGGUGGAAACUAGUUCUCUGUCGAGUGUUACCCCUCCUGACGUUUGGUACAAAACAUCCAUCUCUGAAGAGACCAUCGACAAUGGCUGGUUGUCGGCGCUGCAGCUUGAGGCGAUUACCUACGCAGCCCAGCAACAUGAAACAUUCCUACCUAAUGGAGAUCGUGCUGGCUUCUUAAUAGGCGACGGCGCUGGGGUGGGAAAAGGAAGGACGAUCGCAGGGAUCAUCUACGAGAACUACCUGCUGAGUAGAAAGAGAGCGCUGUGGUUCAGUGUGUCAAAUGAUUUAAAGUACGAUGCUGAAAGAGAUUUGAGGGAUAUUGGAGCAAAAAACAUUUUGGUCCAUUCAUUAAAUAAGUUUAAGUAUGGAAAAAUUUCUUCCAAACAUAAUGGGAGUGUGAAAAAGGGUGUUAUUUUUGCUACUUACUCUUCCCUUAUUGGUGAAAGCCAGUCAGGCGGGAAAUACAAAACAAGGUUAAAACAGCUUCUGCAUUGGUGCGGCGAUGACUUCGAUGGUGUUAUAGUGUUUGAUGAAUGUCAUAAAGCCAAAAACUUGUGUCCUGUUGGUUCUUCAAAGCCAACCAAGACAGGCUUAGCAGUUUUAGAGCUUCAGAACAAAUUGCCAAAAGCCAGGGUUGUGUAUGCCAGUGCCACUGGUGCUUCGGAACCACGAAACAUGGCAUACAUGAACCGUCUUGGAAUAUGGGGUGAAGGAACUCCAUUUAGAGAGUUCAGUGAUUUUAUCCAAGCAGUAGAACGGAGAGGUGUUGGUGCCAUGGAAAUAGUCGCUAUGGAUAUGAAGCUUAGAGGAAUGUACAUUGCUCGACAGCUGAGCUUCACUGGAGUGACCUUCAAAAUUGAGGAAGUUCUUCUUUCUCAGAGCUAUGUGAAAAUGUAUAACAAAGCAGUCAAGCUGUGGGUCGUUGCCAGGGAGCGGUUUCAGCAGGCGGCCGAUCUGAUCGACGCCGAGCAGCGGAUGAAGAAGUCCAUGUGGGGGCAGUUCUGGUCCGCCCACCAGAGGUUCUUCAAGUACUUGUGCAUAGCGUCCAAAGUUAAGAGGGUCGUGCAGCUGGCGCGCGAGGAAAUCAAGAACGGGAAAUGUGUUGUCAUUGGUCUACAGUCAACAGGAGAAGCCAGAACAUUAGAAGCCUUGGAAGAAGGAGGGGGAGAACUGAAUGAUUUUGUUUCAACCGCCAAAGGGGUGUUGCAGUCGCUCAUUGAAAAACACUUCCCUGCUCCAGACAGAAAAAAGCUUUACAGUUUGCUGGGAAUCGAUCUGACAGCUCCAAGUAACAGCAGUUCACCAAGAGACAGCCCUUGUAAAGAAAAUAAAACAAAGAAGCGGAAAGGUGAGGAAAUGGCUCGAGAAGCCAAAAAAGCACGGAGAGCGGGCGGCCUGGCCGGCAGCAGUUCCGACGACAGCGGGAGCGGGUCCGACGCCUCCGAGGCCGACGACGAGAGCGACUGCGGGAGCUCCAAGAACCUGAGCUCUGGAGACGACGACGACUUCAACCCCUUCCGAGACGAGUCCAGCGAGGACGACGAGGGCGAUCCUUGGUUAAUCAGAAAAGACCACAAGAAAAAUAAAGAUAAAAAAAGGAAGAAAAGUAUCGAUCCAGAUUCUAUUCAAAGUGCCUUAUUAGCAUCAGGUCUUGGAUCAAAACGACCAAGUUUUUCAUCUACACCAGUUAUUCCGCCUGCUCCUAACAGCGCACCAGCUAACAGUAAUACCAACAGUAAUAAUAGCCUUAUAACAAGUCAGGACGCCGUGGAAAGGGCCCAGCAGAUGAAGAAAGAUCUACUUGAUAAGCUGGAAAAAUUAGCUGAAGACCUCCCUCCAAAUACCCUGGAUGAACUCAUAGAUGAACUAGGCGGCCCCGAGAAUGUUGCUGAGAUGACCGGCCGCAAGGGGAGGGUUGUAAGCAAUGAUGAUGGAAGUAUAUCUUACGAGUCAAGGUCUGAACUAGACGUCCCUGUGGAAAUACUAAAUAUCACAGAAAAACAAAGAUUUAUGGACGGAGAUAAGAAUAUUGCUAUCAUAUCAGAAGCUGCCAGCUCAGGUAUUUCAUUACAAGCAGAUCGGAGAGCCAAAAAUCAAAGGCGAAGAGUUCACAUGACUUUGGAAUUGCCCUGGAGUGCUGAUAGAGCAAUUCAGCAAUUUGGGCGAACUCAUAGAUCAAACCAAGUCACUGCACCCGAGUAUGUCUUCCUGAUUUCUGAACUGGCAGGAGAGCAGAGAUUUGCAUCUAUUGUUGCUAAAAGACUUGAGAGUUUGGGGGCACUGACGCAUGGUGACAGAAGAGCGACCGAGUCUAGAGACCUGAGCAGGUUCAACUUCGAUAAUAAGUAUGGAAGAAAUGCAUUAGAAAUUGUCAUGAAAUCCAUUGUAAACCUAGAUUCUCCUAUGGUAUCACCACCUCCAGACUAUCCUGGAGAAUUCUUUAAAGAUGUCCGGCAAGGACUGAUAGGAGUUGGCCUGAUAAAUGUAGAAGAUCGCUCAGGAAUUCUUACUCUAGAUAAAGAUUAUAACAACAUAGGGAAAUUCUUAAAUAGGAUUUUGGGCAUGGAGGUGCAUCAACAGAAUGCGUUGUUUCAGUAUUUUGCAGACACACUCACCGCAGUUGUUCAAAAUGCCAAAAAAAAUGGAAGAUAUGAUAUGGGAAUCUUAGAUCUUGGUUCAGGAGAUGAGAAAGUGAGGAAAAGUGAUGUUAAGAAGUUUCUGACUCCGGGAUACUCGACGUCUGGCCACGUCGAGUUGUAUACAAUUAGUGUCGAGAGGGGAAUGUCCUGGGAGGAAGCUACCAAGAUCUGGGCAGAGCUGACAGGACCAGACGAUGGCUUUUACCUGUCACUGCAGAUAAGGAACAACAAGAAAACGGCCAUCUUAGUUAAAGAAGUGAACCCCAAAAAGAAGCUUUUCUUAGUUUAUAGACCAAAUACUGGGAAACAGCUCAAAUUAGAAAUUUAUGCUGAUCUAAAGAAGAAAUAUAAGAAGGUGGUCUCGGAUGAUGCGCUGGCCCACUGGCUAGAUCAGUAUAAUUCAUCUGCAGACACUUGCACUCAUGCUUAUUGGCGAGGCAAUUGCAAAAAAGCAAGCUUGGGAUUAGUUUGUGAAAUAGGUCUUCGGUGCCGCACGUAUUAUGUGUUAUGUGGCUCGGUGCUGAGCGUCUGGACAAAAGUCGAGGGUGUUCUAGCUUCUGUCAGUGGCACAAACGUGAAGAUGCAGAUAGUUCGGCUGAGAACAGAGGACGGACAGCGGAUUGUAGGUUUGAUCAUCCCUGCGAAUUGCGUGGCCCCUCUUGUGAACCUCCUGUCCACCUCGGACCAGUCUCAGCAGCUGGCGGUCCAGCAGAAGCAGCUCUGGCAGCAGCGCCACCCCCAGAGCAUCGCCAACUUGAGCAACACAUAAGAGUGGACAGGUUCCAACAUGGACGUAUCUGAGAUGCUGAUGAAGCAUAUCAUUUGCAUAAAAAUCAGGGACAGUUUCCAAAGAAUUAUAAUUUUUUUCAGUUGUGCUCUCUCUAGUUAAAUUUUUUUGGGAAUAAGGACAAACCUGGAAUAGAUAGCAAAACUGAGAAUCAGCAGUGCCGAUGGCGGUGCAUCUGUCCUUCCCUUUGCUUUGCCCACGGCGCUUCCCGCACACUUCUGCUGUGGGGGAGCAGGGGGGUGUGUGCGCGCACGCGUGUCCGUCUGUCCGUCUGUGUGUGUGUGUGUGUGUGUGUGUGUGUGUUAAAGGCUUCAAACCACGGUUGGUUUAAAACUGCUUGGAACUUCCAAAACUGGCUUUACUUAAUGUCCCACAGUGCUCAGGGGUAAGGCAGGACACCCGUGCCGCCGCUGGGGGAGCUGCCCCCGAUGCAUGCUUUGGGUCUAUAAAUAUAGAAAAUAUAUAUCGGUUUCUUUUCCCAACUUAUUGAACACUAGGUUUAUUAAAGCAUGCAAUGGAAGGUUGCACAUCACGCAUUCAGGUUUUUUCUAGUUUCUGUUCUGACAGUGCAUGUUUUCAAAAGCAUGCGUAAACAGACUAACAGGUGUCACGUGACGGAGAGAAACAUUUGUAGGUGUAUAGCAUCGGUCAUUGCAUUUUUAUAAUGUUUAUACCUGGGUGUUGCUUCCAACCCUGUGACUCCUCUCCCCACCCCCAUGCUCCCUGCCCCAGGUUUCUUGUUAAGGUGAUAAGUACAAACAUUUUUUUUUUUUUUGGUGAUAAAACUCAUAGAAGUUAAUUUUAAUGUAUUAAUAGUAUUCCUAAUGAGUGCUGCAAAAAAUGGCUACAAGCCUGCUUUUCUCAAAAUUCCAUUUUCCUUAACUUAAGGUAGUUUUAGAAAGAAAAACAACCUGGCUUCCAUCUUGCAAACCCCCUUUUUUUUUUUUUUUUUUUUUUUACUUCAUUAUCUUAAUUUGUUGGUCACUCGUAAAAAGGAAACCUUACUUGAGUUGUAAAGUAGACAGACAAUGAGGAGACACUUGAGGCUUCUGCUGUAUGUUUAUUUCUUGUUGUUGUUACCCAGUAACUUGAAUAUUGUUUAAUGUGUUGUAAGACAUUGUAGAGUUUAUCUCAAGCUGUUAAAAAUGGUAAUGUACAAAUGUGAAUAGACACUUAUCUAUAAUAUGGGUAAGUUUUGUUUUGCCUAUAAUAGAUGUUUUAUAAAAACAAGUGAGGGGACAAUUGGUCUUUUUGUUUCCUUUUUUCUUUCUUUUUUUUUUUUUUGCACAGGUUGCACUAUUGAAAAAUUGAGAUUGUAUAAACCUGGUCAAAAGCUGCAAGAUACCACAGUCUUGUAGAUGUUAAAUAAAAAGUUACUAUCCUAACCAGAAGUGGACUCUUGCUUAGGCCCGCCCCACCUUCAGCAGCAGGCUGUGACCGGGGCUCUGUGGGACGCGGCUGUCGCGCGGCCUGGUUUGGCUUAAAACCUGCCACUCAGGGUUGAGAUGGUGUUGAUCAGGGGUGAAAGGGUAGCGCCUUCGAGUGUUUCUUGAGCUGGUUCAUUUCCUUUGUUACUUUUCGGCUUCCCUCUGAGUUGAGGAGGUGGACGCUAAGCGAGGAAGAGCCGGGCUUUUGCCUCUUGUGUUUCUUUCAGCCUGAGUUCGGUUACGUCCAGUUUGGUCGAGUCAGGUUUACCAUAGGUUUUCUUUCUUUGGGUUUAUUUAUUCUUGGUGCCUGAAGGAACAAAUUGAGAAUGAUUUCGUUCUUUGGCAUGUUUUGCCCAGCGGAUGCAACUUCUAUUUUCAGUCCAGUUCUUAUAGCUCAGGCAGUGAUCCAUAUGAAUGUCAAGCAGUGUCCCUUGUUAGGGCCACUAGAUCCAGCUGGCAGCCAAGAGAAUUGUCCCACCUGCAGCAAAAUUUCCCAGGUCUUGUGUGUUUAAACCAGCAGCCCGGUCAGCUCCUGUCCACAUACUCAGGUGCACUAGCGCUGGGGAGGAGGCCUGAGGGACCCGCCCCUCCCCAGGGAGACGGAAUGGCAGGUGGGGAGGGAGGCUGUCGGUCCAGCCCCCGCUUUCUGUGGGGCGCGUAUCUUGAGCAGGUUGCGGUUUUCUGCAGGCAGUGUCGGUGCGAGGGUCCUUGAGCCUGCAGCUAGUGGACCCUACGUUCACGGGGCGAUGCUCGCUCAGAAUGCUGCCUGAUGCCAAGGAGCAUGUGGGCGUCCUGCUCUGGGUUGGACAGCUUGUUUGGCUCUUUAAAAGGUCCCAAAAUGAGGCCUCUUAUAGUCGACCUCCAGAGGCAGGCGGUGUGAACGUGCGGGGAGCCGAAGGGGCUGGACCCCUGCCCUGCGUGAGGUGGUGUGCGCGGCCUGGUGCCUGCCGCCCCUCCCCCUGGAGGGGGUGCACGGUCCACACGCUGUGCCCGCAGCCCAGUUGGCAAGUUCAGGGCGGCCCGCACGGGAAGGCCAGCGUUCCAGGUCCUGCUCUGUCGAAAACCCAGUCUUCACAGCGCUGGCUUCCGCACAGCAGGUUGUGCCUUUCAGGGUCCGAGGGCCCCAUCUGAGUGCGGGGGCCCCGUCGAAGCCCACGGGAGUCCAGGCAGCCUCUGCAAUGCCUUCCCUCCCUUCGUAGCAAUAUGACUCCGAGCACAAAGAUUCAGCUGUCAGCCACGGCAGUGUUUUCAGAGUUUACAGUGUAGAUUGUCCUGAAAACCGCCUCCCGCGCCCGGAGCUUCUUGGACGGCAGCCGGGAGAAAGGGCGUCCCACCGGUGACAUGGCCUCCCCGCAGGCCGGCGGGGUUGCCCAGAGAGGUGCCGGCCGUGUGGGGGUUCCCAGAGGUACUAACAAAGUGUUUCUUGAAAUACAGAUUGAUCAAAAAGUAAAUAUCUCAAGCAGUUUUCUCUUUUUGCUGCUAAUCUGCAGAAACCCUGUUCAAUAUCAUUUUUUACACCCGUGUAUGUAAGUUAGCAAGACCCUGCAUCCAAAGCAGCGCAGUGGAGCGUGUGUGUAUGUAUGUAUGUAUUGCACUCCAGGUAAUUAGCACUUCAGAAAAUGUAGAGCUGCAACAAGAAGCCCUUUUAGGGUGUUCUUUGUUUUGUUCUGUUUUGUUUUCUUGCCUCAUCUGUAAAGGUAAAAGUCUAGAAUACCAGGCUCCAGGGAGAGAGACUGCUGUAGAGGUGGAGUUUCUGGCUGGCGCGGGGCUCGCGUUGGCGGAAGGCCGGUGACGCUGUCAGCUUGUAGUGGGCUUGACAAGAGACGCUCCCGGCUCAGCGUUGCCGGUUGUGGAUCGGCAGUGUCCUCCCGCCCUUUCCAGUUUAGCAAGAGGGGAAAAUGGGUUAGAUUGGAAAUGAUCGACACAUCUCAACUUAGGAAAGCAGGCGCACAGGUGAUGUACUUUCCCUUUGGGUCUUUUUCUUGACACAAGGUGAAGAGGAAGGUCCCUAGCUAAGGACUCAUAAUCA